AUGCACGGGCGAAUCCGCAUCCGCACCUCGCACCUUCACCCUAGUCCUCGUUUCGUUCCAGGCAAGGCGGAGAGACUCAGACAGGCACCUUCAGGCUCAGGGCGAUCGGAUUCGUUGCCGGUCCCUCCCUCGUUAUAUCUGUCCAGUGUCCUCCAUUUCUCCUCCCUCCUUCCCGUCAGAGCAGAGCAGAGCAGAAGCACAACAUGCCUCCCCCCCCCGCCCCCGCCCCGACUGACCCUCACCCCGCCCUCCGACUCACUCGUCUUUGCAGGUGCGAUUGCCAGUGCGUCCCCGCCUACAUCGGAGUUCGAGUGUGUACAAGUUCAAGUCGAAGCUGAUGCUGAUGCGCGAGGAAGCCGCGUGAUCGGCUCGGCUCUCUCCCUUCAAGUUCCUCUUCCUCUUUCACCUCCAUCAUCGUCGCCUUCGCCUGGCACGAACGCUGAAGCACCACCACACACGCCCCUGACGCCGCCUCUGACACCUACCACACCCCCCGCCGUGCUGACGAACGGCGCAGUGCAUGAAGCAUCUGAAGUGCAACUGCAACUCAGAGUCCAAGGCGAUCCUUACCCCCGAACCCCAGACGAGCGCGAUUCGUACCUCCGUGACGGCCUCCACCAGCACCAGCACGCCGGAACCGAUCCGUACCACCGAUACCAGCACGGGCACGGGCACGAGGGGGCGUCAAGUGCGAGCGCCCCGUUUAGCUCUGGCUCUGACUCUGAGCCCGAACGAAGUCGGACCGGCCCAGCUCUGUCACUGUCAGUGUCUUCCUCCCUUUCACUUCCACUUCCACCCACCGCCGGCUCCUCCGCGGCUCCUACUUCCACAUCCGCGCACACUUAUAUUAUUGACAUCGACAUCGACACUUUCAGCAACGACAACGCCAACGACAGCGACAACAUCCGUUCGGCCAGCCGCCCUCCCUCUAACACCACCUCCGCCUCCGUCAACGCCAACGCCGUCAGCCCACCAUCGCCCUCACCCUCGCCCUCACCCUCACCCUCACACUCACACUCGCCAUCCCUCCGCUCACCCUCGACGACUCCGCGCCCCGCCAAGCAGAAGCACACCUCGCCUACGCCUACGCCUACGCCUACCCUCGAGCUGGACACGAUCGCACUUGAUCCCCCUCCUCCUCCUACCCACAUUCAGAUCCACGGUCCGCCGCCCGCUGCCGACUACCCUCACGCCCACGCCCACGCUGAAGUCGGAGGUAUGCUUGGGGAGGCUGUCACUUGGAGGAGAGACGUGGAUACUUCGAGGAGAGAGACGGUGGAUAGCACGCAGUGGCAGUGGAAGGAGCGAGCCGAGCGGGGUGAGAGGGACAAGGACAGGGAGGCGAACAGGGUGCCCCGCCCAACACCCACCACCACCACCACCACCGUCGCAGGCCGCGCCCUCCGAGUGAACACCCUCCAGAAGAGGGAGCGGGUGUACCACCACCCCAGUGCCGAUGCGCAUGAGCUGAGCCCGCUUGCAUACCCAGGUCCUUCCUCGUACCCAUCUUCCUCGUCUUUGUUCGCCGUGCACCACCACCACGCCUCGUCCUCCUCGACACCGAGCUCGUCAGCCGCCCACGUAGGAUGUUCGUUGGGGUCGGGGUCGGCAUCGUACCCGCCCUACUCGGGGUUGGGGUCGGGGUCGGGGUCUCGUCUCACCCACCAGCACCAGCACUACCAACGUCAUCACCAACAUUCAAGUAGACUGCCCGCCUCGUCGUCCGACCCGCUCUCAGACUUGGCGUUUCACGACUACGACUACGACUACGACUGUGAUCCCUCCUCGUCCUCCUACGAUCCGUCUUACGAACUUGAGCUUGAGCACACCCACGCCAUCGCCUACGGAGACCCUCAUUCAUCCUCCCCCUCCAAGUCCCGCUUCCGCCUGCGCGACACCUACCCGCUCCCUCGCGCGCUCCGGCGCGAUCGGCCGUCGGAUACGCGCCCUCCUCCAUCGAGCACACCCUCCCUUCGCCCGGCCCAUACCCUCCCUUUCCCUCUCCCUCUCCCGCUUCUCGCUCGUCGAAUACGCACCCGCCUCACCUCCCCCACCCCCACUCUCACAGCUCCAGGUCCAGGCCCCGCACCCUACCUCGCGCUCUACUUUUCACUCAACCUCGCCCUGACGCUGUACAACAAAGCGGUGCUGGUCCGCUUCCCGUUCCCGUAUACCCUCACGGCGCUGCAUGCGCUUAUUCUGUACACGCUCAACAUCGUGGUGAGCAAUGCGUCGUUGAGGCUGGUUACUGUGCCUUUCCACCAAGUCGUCCGCUCCUCCGCACCCUUCUUCACCAUCCUCCUCUCCGCGCUCAUCCUCGGCAGGCGGUGCAGCCGCGCGAAGCUGCUCGCGCUCGUGCCGGUCGUCGUGGGUGUUGGGUUUGCCACGUACGGCGACUACUACUUCACCGCGCUCGGCUUCUUCCUCACCCUCCUCGGCACGCUCCUCGCCGCGAUGAAGACCGUCGUGACGAAUGUCAUCCUCGUCAAACCUGCGUCGGGGUCGGGGUCGGGGUCUGCUUCAGCCUCAAGCCCCAGCGCGAACGACGCAGGUGCCGCCGCCGAUUCCAAGGGGUCUUUACCGACAGCGCAUAGUUAUUCGCAUUCAGGGCAUCAUGCGCAUUUGAACCCCAAGAGCCCGACGUAUACUGGGAUCGAGACGCCGAUCGUGAAGGAAAGACUGCGCGCCCUCCUCGCACUGGCCGUGCACCGCGUGAACGCGCUCUUCCCGCCCUCGCCGGGGUCGUCGCCUACGUAUGGCGGGUACGGGUACGGGUACGGGUAUGGAUACGGGUAUGGGGCGAAGCCGCUGCCUGCGCCGUAUCCCUACGCCCCUCACACUUACUCCGCCCCGCCCGCCCCGACGGGAUGGACGAGGGGCAGCGUGCCGAUGUCCCAGGCUGCUGCGUACGCCCAAUCCUACCCUCACUGGUCGACUGGAAGCACCGGGUGGGCACGGCAGCUGACGCUCCCCACGCUGCCCAAACUCACGCUCAGCCCCCUGCACCUCCUGUACCUCCUCUCGCCCCUGGCGUUCAUACAGACGACGCUGCUCGCGCAGGUGAGUGGGGAGCUGGGCCGGGUGCGGUAUGCGCUGUUCUCCUCUGGUGUGGGUGGGGGUCCGGGGAUAGGGGGGAUAGGGGGCACAGGAGAGGCGGUGGUAGGGAGGAGGUGGUUGUUGCUUAACGGCGUGAUGGCGUUCUUCCUGAACGUGGUGAGCUUCCAUGCGAAUAGGCGGGUUGGGCCGCUGGGUAUGAGCGUUGCUGCCAACGUCAAGCAAGUCCUCACGAUCCUGUGCGCGGUCGGCCUGUUCGACCUGACGAUCACGCCUGCGAACGGGCUCGGUAUCGCGCUCACCCUCUUAGGUGGGGCGUUGUACGCGCGGGUGGAGGUAAGGGAGCGGGAGCGGGAGGGGAGGCGGAAGGUCAGGGUGGGCUGA